GGUCUACAUUGACUUAUUUCAAGAUUCUGCUUGAGAAGACAAGAAUUUCCGCCUGCAGCAAAAAACCCCAAGCGUAUUGCAGCAUCGCAGCCUAAUAAAGAGGAUCCACAAGACCGGUGAUUUCAGCAGGAAGAGAAACACGCAGCCCGUCAGAAGAGGUGAAGAAUUACUAACAUGCACAGCAACUACUAGACAGACAGAGCAGCAUAAACAUGAACUACACAAACCAAAUGGAGGACAGUAACUUCUCCUGCUACAGCUCCUCGGUGGUGGAGUACCGGUACUUUGCUGUGGUGUGGGGAUGUUUUGUGACCAUCGCUGGAACUGUGGGGAACCUGAUGACCAUCCUGGCCUUCGCCCUGGACUCCCAUCUCCAGACUCGCUUCAACGUGCUCAUCGUUAACCUGGCAGUGGCUGACCUUCUCUACUGCACCAUCCUGCAGCCCAUCUCUGUAGACUCCUACAUGCACCUCAGAUGGCGUACCGGUCAGGUCUGGUGCCAGAUCUUCGGGUUGCUCCUCUUCCUCUCCAACUCUGUCUCCAUCAUCACCCUCUGCCUGGUGGCGGUGAGCCGAUACCUCCUGGUUGCAAAAAGAGCCGUUUUCAACCGCGUGUUUACCAACCUUGGACUUACUUUACUCGUGGUCUCAGCUUGGGGUCUGGGUCUGGCCAGCUUCGCCCCGCUCUGGUCUGUUUACGUGUUUGUGCCUGAGGUGUGCACCUGCAGCUUCCAUCGUACCAAAGGCCGUCCCUACACCACCAUCCUGCUUUUCCUCUAUUUCUUCAUCGGUCUAGGAUGUGUUGGAGUCUUCUACAUGCUCAUCUACAGAAAAGUCAGGGUUGCUUCAAAAGCUCUACACCGCUACAGGCUGAGUCGACGCUCUUCUAGGAAGAAACCUGUUCCUUCAGCUCAGGGGACAGACGAUAGCGGAGUGGAAAGUGGUGUGGGGAAGACAUGUAGCUCAGAGAUUAGCAGCCAAGCAGAACCGGAUCACAACAUACAUGAUAACAAAAAGGCUACCCUCCCACCUCAGAACUCAUCUCUACCCUUAAAGUCGUCAGACGACAAGCUAGUGACCCAAAGCGCUGCUCCUGCUUCCCAGUCUGCGACUCCAGAUGAUAAGGAAUUCAAACGUGUGACCCGCAUGUGUUUUGCCGUUUUUCUCUGCUUUCUGUGCUGCUUUGUCCCAUUUAUUCUACUAAACAUAGCGGACAAAGAAAGCCGCGCCCCGCAGAUGUUGCACAUGUUCUGUGCCAACCUCACCUGGCUCAACAGCUGCAUUAACCCUAUUCUGUACGCGUUCAUGAACAGACAGUUUCGGCAAGGCUACGGCGAGCUGAUCAGCCGAGCUGCUGCUCCUUUCACCUGCCUCUGCAGCUGGCGCCAAACCAAACCAUAGAGUCUACUUUGAUCCACCGGUCCACAGUGUCCAUUUCAGGCUUCCUGGUUUCAUAUCUUCUCUGGUUCAUGCAACAGGGCUCUUUCUCUCAGGGAAAACAUCCCCUGAAAGCUACCAGUGUUGACUUGUUAUUGUGCUUAUUAGUCCUGGACUUACAUGACUGAAAAAAAGCUUAUGAAGUCGAUGUCAGUAAUUGUCAAUGCAGAUAAUUAUUAAUAAAUUUUUUUUGUUUUAAAUAUCUGAAAUGCUGUCAAAGCGGUGGCAUGACCUUUUCUGUUUUAUCCACACUUUCUGCUCCACGCCAUUGGUUUUUAUUUUUAAACAGUUAUGAGAAAUCUUAAACUCCUACUGCGCCAGUUACUCUGCAGGUUGUUGCUAGGUAACCGAAGUUGGAAAGAAUUUGAAACUGCUGGCUAUCCAGCAGGUUGUUGCUAGUUAACCAAAGAACUGUGGAGUUAGUUGAUUCCACCAACUUUGAGAGGAGGUUGGUAGUCUUUUCUCUUCCCACAUCUCCCAGAAUGCUGUGCGGUUCUGGGUGGGACCUCUUUUGAUCAAGUACAAAAA